GGCCUGAGACCCAGACGAGCCUUUUUUAGUACCCUCUUACCGGUCCGUAGUGGUCGAACCAUUGAGUAUUCUGACUACGCAGACCUGCUAAACCGAGACAAGUGCACAGCUCUAACGUUAAGGAUCGAAGAAAUCCAUCUUAAUAGCUAGCAUCUUCUUGGUUCCUUUUCUCAAGACUGCUCUAGCUCUGCUCUCAUCCCUAGAAGUGGCCAGCUCGAUAAAGUAGACCGGAAGUCACGCACCAGGAUGCUCCACAGAUUUCUGCAAUCAGGUGCUCCACAAGUAGAUGGACCUCUAAUAACGGUUCUGAAUCAGGUCGCGGGUUUGCAACAUGACCUUCUUCCCGA